AAGAUUCCUACCCGAAAAGCUCGCCUUUUGUCUGUGUGCUCCCCGGCCCAGGCGAGAGAGGUGAUCACUGCGCCUGCCUGAAGCACUGCUGCUGAGGAUGGAAUCGACAAAUGCCCAAAAGCGAAAGCAAAGCAUCGCCGAUCUCAAGGCUUUCGCUUUUCCCUAAUGCCCUUCCCCAUAUUCGUAGAAUCUGAUCAAAAGUCCAGCUUCGACGAUAAAAGAGAAAUUUUUGAUCCCCAAACCCACGAUUCGAGGAGAGAGAGAGAGAGAUGAGUUCCCCUGAGCGAUCACCAUCCCCAGAGGCGGAGAGCGAAGCCCCGCCGCCUGCGCCUCAGAACACGCCCGAGAAGCCGGGGUCCCCGGAGCCUGCGAUGAUGGCUCUGGCGAUCGUCGAUCGGCUGAGCCAGGAGGACAUGGCGGUCGAUGUGAAGGUCGUCGGAGGUGCCGUCAGCGGCGGAGAGGGAGACCGAGGCCUGGGGAACGGCUGUUGCGCCGCGCGAAAGGCGGAGAGUGGUCUUGGGGCGGUGCCGGGGAUCUUGCGGCGGCGGGCGGUGACGAGGGCGGCGUUCGGGCUUAGGGUGUCCGCGGCGCUGCUGAGCCUGGUGUCUUUCUCGGUCAUGGCCGCCGAUUCGACCGAGGGGUGGGCCGGCGACUCCUUCGGCCGUUACAGUGAAUACCGAUACUUGGUCUGCGUUAAUGCGAUUGCGUUUGCGUACUCGGCGUUUCAGGCAUACACGAAGGUCCACUAUUUGAUCCUGAAGAAGCGCAUCAUUCGCCGUCCCAUAAGUUACUACUUCGAUCUCUCAAUGGAUCAGGUACUGGCUUACCUUCUGAUGUCUGCAUCCUCUGCAGCCGCCUCUCGCAAUGAUCUCUGGAUAUCGAGAUUUGGUGCUGAUGAAUUCAUGGACAUGGCAAACGGUUCUAUUGCCAUCUCAUUUCUAGCAUUUGUUGCCCUGGCUUCAAGUUCUCUCAUCUCAGCCCGCAAUCUCUUCACAUGGAAUUCCAGUGCCACAUUAUAGAGGAACAAAGAUGAACAAAGCUUGAUGUACAUAAAACAUGCAUGUUCAUUUCGAAGCACUCGAUCUGGUCGCACAGAUGGCGAAAGGUUGUAGUCUUGUGUAUGUUGGCAUCUGUGCUUGCUCACAGUCACUGGUGGGUGCACUCCGUGUUGGGCGUAAUCUCAUUUGAUUUGGAUGUUCUACGUGUACAAUAUAUGAACACAAGUUAGGUGGUGAA